GCCAGCAGCCUCGCGGUACUCAGCUCACCCUCGGUCGCAAUGACCCUCAUUCUGACGAUAUUCCUACUUGUCUUUCUGACGGAGCUAGUCUCGUGGAUAGGAAAAUCCGUUCUCCUCGAGCUUGUUUAUGCGGUUUACCUGCGAAUAUUCUAUGCAUCAGCUAUUCAGAAGCAACGGAAACUCAAGACCGAGGUCUUGUCUACCAAAGCCGAACUCAUGCAGACCAGCGCCCAAGAUCAGUUCGCCAAGUGGGCGAAGCUGAGGCGGAGCGUGGACAAGGGUCUUGCAGAUUUAGAAAAGCUCAAUGGCGAGCUGUCCUCCGCUCGCUCAUCAUUCUCCCUGAAAUUCAACUCGGCCUUAUGGUUCUUCACCACCGGCCUCCAAUUUAUCGUCGGAUGGUGGUACCGCAAAGCCGCGGUGUUCUAUCUCCCGUCUGAGUGGCUCGGGCCCCUUGCGUGGUGGGUAGCCCUACCGUUUGCCCCCAAGGGUUCUGUCAGCUGCGGGAUGUGGCAGAUGGCUUGCAGGCGGGUCAUCAAACUCGGAGAGCGUGUUGUCAGAGAUACUUUGUUGUAUUCAGUUACCCCCACAGAGUCUGUUUCCGCUGCUCCGAACGAGAAGACCCAGGACAAAAAGCAGUCAUAAUAGCCACCAUCUGUUGCUCGCUUGCUUGAUUUCUCUGGCAUAUCUGCGUACCCGUGUACCAUACACCGACCCCUCAUGCGCUAGGCUUGCGCCAAUUGGACAACAGCGGUUGCUCUAUCACGGCUUUGAUUGGGUCAUUCGCGGAACAUUUGGAUCUCGCAAUUGGGGAAUGGCCACGUCCUUCUGCGUUUGCAAUCCCGCUCAUAUCCGUCGCGCCAUCUCUAUUCGACGAUAGAUGACAUGCGCCAAUGCAAGGGCAACGUCGUUCCUCCUUCGCUCUUCAGGCACUCGAUGCUCCUGAUGCCAAGAGUACAAGUCCUAAUAAUGGAACAUGGCCGCACAUCCCCGUUUGGAUGGGCGUCCCGCCCCGGAAGAUGUACAACGGUGGUUGUCGACCUGAUGGCUCGCUUGUCGAAUGGUAUCUGCUUCCCAUUGGCUCACCUGCUGAUGGGGCUUGUGGCCCGCGACCAAUUACGUUCGUGAGGUCAAAAUGACCUCUAGUCUUGAUCCGGCCCCCUACAUAGCUUUCGAACUAUUUCAUUGUCGUGGAAUACGCUUGCAUAGACGUCUCGACAUAUGCCGGACUCAAUGCGGACCACAUAUACGAUUCGC